GAGAGAGGCGCUGGAGUGGUAUGGCGCAGCCGCUGUAGAGUGGAUGUUGCUUGUCUAGCGGUGCCGAGGGCAAAGUUAUCAGUCUGUCCCAUGUGUGUAGCCUCGCCUCAGUGUGUGUGAGGAGGCAGUGCUCAUACCUGUGUGUGUGUGUGUGUGUUCUUAUCUUGUGUGACUCUCCCUGACUGUCCUACCCCAAACCAGACUACUGACUUCCUGGCCAGCAGCAGGCAUGGCUCCUCAUACCCAGGAGGGUGCACAGCCUGACCUCUACAGGGACACGUGGGUCAGGUACCUGGGCUAUGCCAAUGAAGUUGGAGAGUCAUUUCGUGCCUUGGUACCUAAAGCCCUAGUUUGGGCUACCUAUGGUGUGGCAACAGCCUAUGUUACUGCAGAUGCUGCAGAUAAAGGACGUAAAGCAGCAGAGCUGAAUGAAGGCAGUCGAGGAAGAACAAAGGGUGUGACUGUGGCAGUUAUAGAUACUUUUGUCUGGCAAGCUCUUGCAUCUGUGGCUAUUCCAGGAUUUACCAUCAACAGAUUAUGUGCUGCUUCACUGUAUAUAAUGGGACGUGUAACCCGGUGGCCUCUCCCAGCACGAAAAUGGGCUACUACUGCAAUAGGUCUUUCUGCUAUUCCAGUUAUUAUAACACCAAUAGACAGGUUUGUGGACAUCUUGCUGGAUUCCAGUCUUCGUAAAAUCUAUGACACUCAUUCAGAAAAGCCAGAUGGCCCCCGUACUUCUUGACAGACUGUACAGGAAGCAAUACUUUCCUACCUUAAUCUUUGUACAGCACAAGUUGAACCAAAAAGAAACGCCAUGAAAGCAGACUGUGAAGUUGUAUGCAUCUAAGUUAUUACCCCUCUAUCAGCAGAAUUUCCCCUUCUAGCCUCAAACAGCAAUACUUCAACACAGCAACAAAACAAAGAUGUUAAAUAAAAUCCAUCAAAAUGUCAUGGGGGUAUUUGAUGUGUUCAGCUGCAAUAAAGGACAAGUUAAAGCUAGAA